AUGGCGCGCGCGUGCAUGGUCCUCAUGCCGUGGCUCGACAUGCCUUCGUCCAGCCGCAUCACGCCGGCCGGAUCAGCGACGCUAAUCCCUAUGAGCCACCCGCUGCACAAGGCCGUCUCGGCCGCCUACGAGGCGCUGACGGCGCGCGUGCGCGACCGCGUGGCGCUGCCCUGGCACCCAAACCACGAGGUGGUACUCAGCAAGAUGCGCGGCGCGGACGGCGAGGCGUGGGAGCACUGCCCGAAGGGCGCGCUGCUGCGGGCGGUGGAUCUGCUCGCCGCGAAGGGCCUGUUCGUGCAGGCCGGCUUUGAGCUGGAGUUUGCGCUGUUCACACAGGACGGGUCGAAUGCGACGCAACUGACACCGUACGGACGCGGGACCAGCUACGCGCUGUUCGACCAGAUGGACAUGGCGGGGGGGUUUCUGGACGACGUCACGGUGUGCUUGGAACAGAUGGGCGUUGAAGUGGCAAUGGUGCAUGCGGAGGCGAGCACCGGGCAGUACGAGGUGGUGCUAAGGCACAAGGCGGUGCUGCAGGCCGUGCAGGACGUGACGCUGGCGCGGAUGGGGAUCAAGGCGGUGGCGAGGAAGCACGGGCUGGUGACGUCGUUCGUGCCUAACUUCGGGGAUGGGUUGGGCGGCAGUGGAUGCCACGUGCAUCUAAGUUUGGACGGGCACUUUGGGGUGGGUGGCGGGGAGGGGGGGAAGUGCGGCGGGGUUUCCGAGACGGGGCAGCAGUGGAUGGCGGGGAUUCUGGCGGGGCUGCCUUGGGCGAUGUGUGUGACCAACGGCAGCUGCCUGAGCUACCUGCGGAUGUUGCCCAUGUACUGGGCGGGGGCGUACCAGGUGUGGGGCGUGGACAAUAAGGAGGCGGCGCUGCGGCUGGCGGAGGACCGGAGCAACGUCGAGGUGAAGGCGCUGGAUAGCGUGAGCAACGUGGACCUGGCGAUGGCCGGGCUGCUGCUAGCCGGGCUGCAGGGCGUGGAGGCGGGGAUGGAGCUGCCGGAGGCGUGCCAGGUGGACCCGCACACGGUGCAGGCCGAGGUGAAGCGGCUGCCGGGGACGCUGGAGGAGAGCGUGGUGGAGUUCGAGGAGGCCGCGCAGGGCGGCCGGCUGGAGAGGGUGUUCACGAAGGAGAUGGUGCACGAGAUCUGCUCCGCGCGCGUGGCUGAGAUCGAGUUUGUGAAGAAGGUCGGGAUCAAGGAGUUCCGCAAGCGCAUGAUGACGUUGCACUAG